CACCAACUGUGACUCCUUAACUCUCGCGAGAUUUGACUUCCAGGAAGUUCCACGUCAAUUUUGGAAGCAUUUGGAUCCCGUUUGCAACACAAUUAUUUCCAUCUUGUGUCGACGAAACAGUGACAAAAAUGCCGCUGAGGCUUGACAUCAAGCGGAGGCUGACCUCCAGGUCUGACCGAGUGAAGAGUGUGGAUCUUCAUCCAACGGAACCAUGGAUGCUGGCCAGUCUGUACAAUGGCAGCGUCUGUGUGUGGAACCACGAAACACAGACUCUGGUGAAGACUUUUGAGGUGUGCAACUCCCCUGUCAGAGCAUCCAAAUUUGUGGCCAGGAAGAAUUGGGUUGUCACAGGAGCGGAUGACGUCCAGAUCCGUGUGUUCAACUACAACACUUUGGAGCGUGUCCACAUGUUCGAGGCCCACUCGGACUACAUCCGCUGCAUUGCUGUCCACCCCACCCAGCCUUACAUCCUCACCAGCAGCGAUGAUAAGUUGAUCAAGCUGUGGGACUGGGAGAAGAAGUGGUCUUGCAGCCAGGUGUUUGAGGGCCACACGCACUAUGUCAUGCAAAUUGUCGUCAAUCCAAAAGACAACAAUCAGUUUGCCAGUGCCUCCUUGGACAGGACCAUCAAGGUUUGGCAGCUGGGUUCUUCAUCUCCUAAUUUCACUUUGGAAGGCCACGAGAAAGGAGUCAAUUGUAUUGAUUAUUACAGUGGAGGAGACAAACCCUAUUUGAUAUCAGGGGCUGAUGACCGCCAAGUCAAAAUCUGGGACUACCAGAACAAAACUUGUGUUCAGACGUUGGAAGGCCAUGCCCAGAAUGUUUCCUGUGUAAGUUUCCACCCAGAGCUGCCAAUCAUCAUCACCGGGUCAGAGGAUGGGACGGUACGUAUUUGGCACUCUAGCACUUACCGCCUGGAGAGCACCUUAAACUAUGGCAUGGAACGAGUGUGGUGCGUGUGCGCCCUCAGGGGCUCAAACAAUGUAGCACUGGGUUAUGAUGAAGGCAGCAUCAUUAUCAAAGUGGGCCGUGAAGAGCCGGCCAUGUCAAUGGACACCAGCGGGAAAAUAAUUUGGGCUAAGCACAGUGAAAUCCAGCAGGCCAACUUGAAGGCAAUGGGAGAUGCGGAAAUCAAGGAUGGAGAGAGGCUCCCAUUGGCUGUGAAAGACAUGGGCAGCUGUGAAAUAUACCCGCAAACGAUCCAGCAUAACCCCAAUGGGAGGUUUGUGGUGGUGUGUGGCGACGGUGAGUACAUCAUCUAUACUGCCAUGGCGCUGAGGAACAAGAGCUUUGGCUCCGCACAGGAAUUUGUUUGGGCUCAUGACUCAUCAGAAUAUGCCAUUCGAGAAAGCAACAGUGUCGUCAAACUUUAUAAGAAUUUCAAAGAGAAGAAAUCUUUUAAGCCUGACUUUGGAGCUGAAGGGAUCUAUGGAGGUUUCUUGCUCGGUGUGAGGUCGGUGAAUGGUCUGGCAUUUUAUGACUGGGAGAACACGGAACUUAUCCGCCGCAUCGAGAUCCAACCCAAACACAUCUUCUGGUCAGACUCUGGUGAGUUGGUGUGCAUCGCGACAGAGGAGUCUUUCUUCAUUCUUAGAUACCUGUCAGAAAAAGUCGCUGCCUCGCAAGAAAACAAGGAAGGGAUGACAGAGGACGGCAUCGAGGACGCAUUUGAGGUCCAGGGAGAGAUCCAGGAGAUUGUGAAAACUGGACUUUGGGUUGGCGACUGCUUCAUUUACACGAGCUCUGUGAACAGACUCAACUACUUUGUCGGAGGAGAGAUUGUUACUAUUGCUCACCUGGACAGAACCAUGUAUUUACUUGGUUACAUACCCAAAGAUGACCGUCUCUACCUGGGGGACAAGGAGCUAAACAUCGUCAGCUACUCCCUGCUGGUCUCCGUUUUAGAGUACCAGACUGCUGUCAUGAGGAGGGACUUUAGCAUGGCCGACAAGGUUCUUCCCACAAUUCCAAAAGAGCAAAGAUCCAGAGUGGCCCAUUUCUUGGAGAAACAGGGUUUCAAGCAGCAGGCGUUAGCUGUGUCCACAGACCCUGAGCACAGGUUUGAGCUGGCCUUGCAGCUGGGAGAGUUGAAGAUUGCUUACCAGCUGGCUGUGGAGGCAGAGUCGGAGCAAAAGUGGAAGCAGUUGGCAGAACUCGCCAUAAGCAAGUGCCAGUUCAGCCUGGCCCAGGAGUGUCUGCAUCAUGCGCAGGACUACGGCGGCCUGCUCCUCCUCGCCACAGCCUCUGGUAACGCCACCAUGGUGGGCAAGCUGGCUGAAGGUGCAGAGAGGGACGGCAAGAACAACGUGGCCUUCAUGACCUACUUCCUGCAGGGCAAACUGGAUCAAUGCUUGGAGCUUCUGAUCAGAACUAAUCGUCUCCCUGAAGCUGCUUUUCUGGCUCGCACUUACCUGCCCAGCCAGGUGUCCCGUGUGGUCAAACUGUGGCGGGAAAGCUUGGCCAAAGUCAACCAGAAGGCUGCUGACUCCUUAGCUGAUCCCACAGAGUAUGAAAACCUGUUCCCUGGUCUGAAAGAAGCCUUUGCAGCGGAGCAUUUCCUCAGAGAAACUUGCUUAGGCAGCAGACCUGCCAAAGACUAUCCCCUGGUCACACUAAAUGAAGACCGGAAUAUUUUAGAGGAGGCUGAAGGAUACGAGCUCAAAGAAACUUCUCCUCAUGAGGAGCCUGAAGAGUCUCCCUUAAUUUCCGUGGUUCGUCAAGUGGCAGAGGAGUCCUUGGCCAAGCCUUCAGAGCCAGAACCAGAACCUGCCCCCCAACAGGAUCAGGAGGAAACCCCUUCCAUUUCCCAGGUGGAACAGGAGAAGGUGGAUAUGGAGCCUGAAGAGUCUCCCUUAGUGUCCGUGGUUCCUCAAGUGGCAGAGGAGUCCUUGGCCAAGCCUUCAGAGCCAGAACCUGCCCCCCAACUGGAUCAGGAGGAAACCCCAUCCAUUUCCCAGGUGGAACAGGAGAAGGUGGAUUUGACUCUAGAUGAGCUGGAUGUAGACCUGGACAACAUGGAGCUGGAUGACAUCUACACCUCAGACCUCAACCUGGACGAGGACUUUCUAGACGACUAGACAGUUUAUUUCAUUGUACUUAAAUAUGGUUUUGUCCACGACUACAGACUAAAGUCAUGUUUUAUUCUCAGAGGAAUCCUAAACCUCACCUCCGUGUUUCUAACCCUCCUUUUAUUGGUGGUGGAGAUCUUCACUUAAUUGCGAGUGUUAUUUUUAUUUGUUUUGUCUCGUCUGCCAUGAAGAAUCACCGUUCAACAAACUUUCUGUACAUAAGUAAAGUUGAUUUGAUUUGAUAUUCAACUUUUAACUUCAAUCCAUAUUCAAGUCUUAUUGUGCUACAUCAAUACAGGCUGCAGCUUAGAACCACAACAUGUUGAUAAAUACUUCUUAAAGGCCUACUGAAAGCCACUACUAGCGACCACACAGUCCGAUAAUUUAUAUAUCAAUGAUGAAAUAUUAACACCGCAACACAUGCCAAUACGGCCUUUUUAGUUUACUAAAUUGCAAUUUUAAAUUUUGCGUGGAAGUAUCAUGCUAAAACGUCGCGGUAUAAGUCGUCUGUUUACAUCGCAUCAUUCCGCAGUAUUCUGGACAUCUGUGUUGCUGAAUCUUUUGCAAUUUGUUCAAUGAAUAAUGGAGACGUCAAAGAAGAAAGCUGUAGGUGGGAAGCGGUGUAUUGCGGCCAGCUUUAGCAACACAAACACAGCCGGUGUUUCAUUGUUUACAUUCCCGAAAGAUGACGGUGAAGCUUUACUAUGGAACAGAGCGGUCAAGCGAACACGGUUGGAUUGGACCACACACACAAAGUACAGUGUAUUAUGCAGCGAUCAUUUCGAAAGAUCGUGUUUCGAAGAGGGUCCCUUGCGAAGGGCAGAGAUGGAGCUGCUGAAGAAAGGUGCGGGGCCGACCUUCAGGUUGUAUAGGUACGACCAUAUAAUUUCACUAAAACACUAGUAACGCAACAAGCAGAUAAGGGACUUUCCAGAAUUAUCUUAGUAAAUGUGUCCAAUAACAUCUGAAUCGCUCCAACUGCCCUCGUCUUUUUUUUUUUUCCCUAGUCAAUCACUCUCACUUUCCUCAUCCAGGAAUCUUUCGUCCUCGCUCAAAUUAAUGGGGAAAUCAUCGCUUUCUCGGUCCGAAUCGCUCUGGCUGCUGGUGGCCAUGAUUGUAAACAAUGUUCAAAUGUGAGGUGACGUCACGCGCACAUCGUCUGCUACUUCCGGUACAGGCAAGGCUUUUUUUAUUAGCGACUAAAAGUUGCGAACUUUAUCAUCGAUGUUCUCCACUAAAUCCUUUCAACAAAAAUAUGGCAAUAUCGCGAAAUGAUCAAGUAUGACACAUAGAAUGCACCUGCUAUCCCCGUUUAAAUAAGAACAUCUCAUUUCAGUAGGCCUUUAAUGCCAUUUUGUAUUGUAUGAAACUGAAACUGGUGUUCCUUGUAAAGAGUCCACACACCUGUCCCCCGUUAGGAAGUUGUUACUCUAGAAAAGUCGUUAUUUUCUUACAGUUAAUCACACCUGACUGCUGAUUGGUCAGCUGCUGUCAAUCAUUGUCAUGUUGACAAGAGAGCAGGCCCUGAAAGCCAAUCAGUGAGCUUGUAGGCGGUCCAAAGGGACAAGUUUCAACCUGAGUGGCCACUUUCCACCUGGCACUAUUGUUUGACUUGUCUCCAUUCAAUAGUGCAACCUUAUUUUUGUAUGUUAAAAAAUGCGCGGGACAAAAACUGCUUUUCUGACAAAAGUGCAGGAGACAGUACAUUUCUGCUGUACUUUUGCCCACAUGUUUUUGUGUUAAUUAAAGAUGCUUUUUUUCAUGUU